ACGUAAAAGCAGGCGCUCCGGUUUCCCUGGCGGAGAAGAUGGCGGCUCCUGGACCGGGGGAGUAUUUCAGUGUCGGGAGCCAUGUCUCUUGUCUUACCUGCUUAGGUCAACGUUUACAAGGAGAGGUCGUGGCUUUUGACUACCAAUCCAAGAUGUUGACUUUGAAAUGUGCUUCCUCCAGCGGUAAGCCAAACUUGAGCGACGUGGUCCUGAUUAACCUAGCCUAUGUGUCAGAGGUGGACGUCGUCAAUGACCGCACUGAAACCCCACCUCCGCUAGCAUCUCUCAAUAUAAGCAAGCUGGCCAACCGAGCACGGUCAGAAAAGGAGGACAAGCUCUCCCAAGCCUAUGCAAUCAGUGCAGGGGUGUCUGUGGAAGGCCAGCAGUUAUUCCACACUAUUCACAAAACUAUCAAAGAUUGCAAGUGGCAGGAGAAGAACAUCAUCGUGAUGGAUGACGUGGUCAUCUCGCCUCCCUACCAGGUGGAUAAUUGCAAAGGCAAAGAGGGAAGCGCUUUAAGUCAUAUACGCAAAAUAGUUGAGAAACACUUCCGGGACGCGGAGGGCCAGAAGCCGGUGCCGCGCACACAAGCACAGCAAACACAGAAGGACUCCUCUUCUUUAUCAUCUUGAGAAGGGAGGGAGGUGUAUAUGUGUGUGUGUGUGUGUGAGAGAGAGUGUGGGUGUGUCGGGAGUUUGUGUGUUUUCGGGGUGUGUAUGUGUGGGGGGGGGGUUGCGCAUGUAUGGGUACGCAUGUGGGUGGGUGGGUGUGUGUGUGUGUGUGUGUGAGUGAGAGCAUGUCGGCCCAGCCUUGAACGGUGAGACGGGGCCGCAGGGAGAGGGGAGCACCGAGCCAGGCGAGCCGACGUUCCGUAAACCCCUUGCCCUCUGACCUUCGACCUUGACCUCCGACCCCCACAGGCGGCAACUUCCCUGCUGUCUAUCAGCGCCAGAUCCACUCAGCGGUGGGCACGGGGGGGAUCGCCCAGGCCUCGGGGGGGUCUGGAAGAUUUUAAGAAAUUAAUAAACAAACAAAUAAAAUGUAAAAAAAUAAAAACAAAUAAACAUUGUAAAAAGAGAGAAAAACACGAGAGACACAGACAGAGAGGAAAUUAGACUCCGUGAAAAAUAAUUUAAAAACAGACCAGAACACACCGACAGACCCCAGACUAACUCUGCCCCCCCCCCCCCUCCUCCCCCCUCAUGCCAGCAAUUUUUAUUUUUUUUGUCAGCCAUUUUCCCUUCCUACUUCACCAAGUCACCCUUCUUCUUCCCUUCCCUCUCUCCUUCGCCAUGAAUUCCAUUUUGUCUGAAAAAGAAAAAAACAAGUGCAGUCAGAAGAGCUUGUUAGCUUCAUUUUUUUUUUUUUUUUCUGUAUGUUCUUCAAGUGUCUGUAUUUUCUGUAUUUUAAAAGAAAAACAAGAAGUGACUUAAGAUGGCACACUUUAAAAAGGACAUUUUCUAAAAUAAAAGUAACAAAACCUC